AGCAAAAACCUCCUAGCAAAGGAGGAGAGGAGGUUGUGCGGGACAAGCUUCUCCUGACAGAAGGAUGUUGCUGCUGAGCCUGUCCUGGCUGGGCCUCGGGCCGGUGGCAGCAUCCCCGUGGCUGCUCCUGCUGCUGGUCGGGGCCUCCUGGCUCCUGGUCCGCAUCCUGGCCUGGACCUACGCCUUCUAUGACAACUGCCGCCGCCUCCGGUGUUUCCCGCAGCCCCCGAAACAGAACUGGUUCUUGGGUCACCUGGGCCUGGUCACCCCCACAGAGGAGGGCUUGAGGGUCCUGACCCAGCUGGUGGCCACCUACCCCCAGGGCUUUGUGAGGUGGUUGGGCCCCAUCUUUCCCGUCAUCAACUUGUGCCACCCCGACACCGUCCGGUCUGUCAUCAAUACUUCAGAUGCCAUUACAGACAAGGACAUAAUCUUCUACAAGACCCUGAAGCCCUGGCUGGGGGAUGGGCUCUUGUCAAGUGUUGGUGACAAGUGGAGACACCACCGUCGCAUGCUGAUGCCUGCCUUCCAUUUCAACAUCCUGAAGCCCUACAUAAAGAUUUUCAGCAAGAGUGCGAACAUCAUGCAUGACAAGUGGCAACGCCUGGCCAUGGAGGGCAGCACCCGUCUGGACGUGUUUGAGCACAUCAGCCUUAUGACCCUGGACAGUCUGCAGAAAUGCAUCUUCAGCUUUGACAGCAAUUGUCAGGAGAAGCCCAGUGAAUAUAUUGCCACGAUCAUGGAGCUCAGUGCCCUUGUAGUGAAACGGAAUAGCCAGUUCUUCUGGUACAAGGACUUCCUGUACUUCCUCACUCCCUAUGGACGGCGCUUCCGCAGGGCCUGCCGACUGGUGCAUGACUUCACAGAUGCCGUCAUCCAGGAGCGGCGCCGCACCCUCACUAGCCAGGGUGUUGAUGACUUCCUCCAAGCCAAAGCCAAGUGCAAGACUUUGGACUUCAUUGAUGUGCUCCUGCUGAGCGAGGAUAAAAAUGGGAAAGGGUUGUCAGAUGAGGACAUAAGAGCAGAAGCUGACACUUUCAUGUUUGCAGGCCAUGACACCACGGCCAGUGGCCUCUCCUGGGUCUUGUACAACCUCGCGAGGUACCCAGAAUACCAAGAACGCUGCCGGCAGGAGGUGCAAGAGCUUCUGAAGGACAGUGAGCCUAAAGAGAUUGAAUGGGACGACCUGGCCCAGUUGCCUUUCCUGACCAUGUGCCUGAAGGAGAGCCUGCGGUUGCAUCCCCCAGUCCCUACAUUCUCCCGCGGCUGCACCCAGGAUGUGGUGCUCCCAGACAGCCGGGUCAUCCCCAAAGGGAAUGUCUGUAGCAUCAACAUCUUCGCAAUCCAUCACAACCCCUCAGUCUGGCCAGACCCUGAGGUCUACGACCCCUUCCGCUUCGACCCAGAAAAUGCCCAGAAGAGGUCACCUAUGGCUUUUAUUCCUUUCUCGGCGGGGCCCAGGAACUGCAUCGGGCAGACGUUCGCGAUGGCAGAGAUGAAGGUGGUCUUGGCGCUCACGCUGCUGCGCUUCCGCAUCCUGCCCGACCACAGGGAGCCACGCAGGACGUCGGAGAUUGUUUUGCGUGCGGAGGACGGACUUUGGCUGCGAGUUGAGCCCCUGGACUGAGUCCUGCAGUGACCCACCCACCUACCUUUGCAUCACCUACCUUUGCACCAACUACCUUUUCAGAUUCCCGGGAAUAAAUCUGUGCUGGCUCCUGUGCCUGAGUCCCGCGGAGAGCCAGUAGGGGGCGCUAGAGGACUGCAGGGAUCUAGGGCCUGGCUGGGAGGAGGCGGGGAGAUGUCUCUGCCCAAGAUACUGACUGCCUCUCUGGGUGAGCACAGGAUCCCCCGUGCUGAAGGCGGGAUCUCCCAGAGCCUAAGUAAAGACUUCACCCCCCCCCCCAAUAAUUGUGUAUUCUGAUAUAAAUUUUUGCCAAUUUAGAAUCCCUGUUUUUUUAGCUAGGUGCAUAGCAGCCUGAAAUACAGAUCACAUUUGAAAACCUUUCUUGAAGCUCAAUUGGUUAAGUGACUGUGGCUGUCCCACGUGGAGAAGCCAAAGAUUAUGUGGUAAUUCUGGUAACCUUUCUUAAGAGAAAGCUGCGAUAGUCUCUCUGCUCAGUCCUCCCCUCUUCCUUCCUGCUGCUUGCAAGAUUUUUUUUUUUUUUUUUUUUUUGAGACAGGGUCUCACUUGUCGCCCAGGCCAGAGUGCAGUGGCUCACUGCAACCUCCACCUCCUGGGUUCAAGUGAUUCUCCUGACUCAGUCGCCCGAGUAGAUAGGAUAACAGGCGCCUACCACCACACCCGGCUAAUUGUAUUUUUAGUACAGAUGGCGUUUUGCUAUGUUGGCCAGGCUGAUCUCAAACUCCUGGCCUCAAGUGAUCAGCCCACCUCAGCCUCCCAAAGUGCUGGAAUUGCAGGUGUGAGAAUAAAAAUUCUUGAGUUUCAAUUUUUAUUUUAGAAUCAGGGGCUAACGUGCAAAUUUAUUACAAAGGUAUAUCGCAACAUGCUGAGGUUUGGAGUAUGAAUGACUCCAUCACCCAUGUAGUGAGCAUAGUAUCUAAUAGGUAGUUUUUCAGCUUUUACCCCUCCCUGCUUCCCCUGUCUAGUAGUCCCCAGGGUCUGUUGUUCCCAUCUUUAUUACCAUGUGUAUCCAAUGCAUAGCUCCCACUUGUAAGUGAGAACAUGCAAUAUUUUGUUUUCUGUUCCUGCAUUAGUUUGCUUAGGAUAAUGGCCCCCAGCUGCAUCUAUGUUGCUGCAAAGGACAUGAUUUUGUACUUUUAAUGACUGCAUAGUAUUUCAUGGUGUAUUUCUACACAUUUUCUUUAUCCAUUCCACCACUGAUGGGCGCCUGUGUUGAUUCAGCAUCUUCGCUAUUGUGAUUAGAGCUGCGAUAAACAUGUGGAUGCAUGUG